GGAGACUGACCACUCGUUGUUGUACGUGUAGCCGGUAAAUAAAGAGUGUAAAUCUCGGAGAGAAAGAAAGAGAUGUACUGGGACACUAUCAUCAAACCUGGAGAGAGAAACACAGACGGCAAAGAGUCGAAAAUAAAGAUGGAGAUUUGCCAGACUGGGUUUUACACAGAAGACUUCAGGACACAGGAAGUGCCAGCUGGCUUUGACUUUGCAUCUUAUGACUACCCUGGUGAAGACCUGUCUUUUCUGUUAGACAGUAAAUCACCCGGACAGCAGCAGUACGUCGCAGAAAGCAGCUACCCAGAGCCACCUAAAGCUUCUCACACAUACGACACUAAAGUGAGCACCAGUGACAAUUCCCUCUUCAACCUGGACUCGUACCAUGAGAUCAACUGGUGGGCCUCAUAUCCACAUGGUGGGCUGACAGUAGACCAGUCACCAACUGGAUACCAGGAGUCCCCACAGGCGUACCAGAGCCUGGUGCCCCAGAACGGACAGUUCAGCCCGGCCAUGGAGGGCAGCCACAGCCCCUUUCUAACUGCAAAAGGAUCCAAUGCAUUACAAAGUGAGACAGACCAGAGCUACUCGUGUCACUCGGCUGAACUGUACGACUCUGACGGACAGAGGCAGCCGUCCUCUUUCUGGCCUGAAUACUCCUCUCCCAGCUUCACUGCCCCCCCACCACACCCACCCCCGGCCUCCUGCCCCUCCAACCACAGCCCUCAUUCCUCAGAGCAAUACUGCGCCCGUGUGGUCAAACGCAAAAACACACACCCCCAGAGGCCAGACAGGGAGGGCCAGACGACGGGAAUGUCAGCUUAUCCAGGUUCUGGUCCAAUCCAGCUGUGGCAGUUUUUACUGGAGCUACUUCUGGACUCUGCCUGCCGUACCUUCAUCUCCUGGACGGGAGACGGCUGGGAGUUUAAGAUGUCCGACCCCACAGAGGUAGCCAAGCGCUGGGGCCAGUGCAAGAACAAACCCAAGAUGAACUACGAGAAGUUGAGCCGCGGCCUGCGUUACUACUACCACAAGAACAUCAUCCACAAGACGGCUGGCAAGCGCUACGUCUACCGCUUUGUCUGUGACAUACAGGGCAUGCUGGGAAAGACGGCGCAGGAGGUCCUGACUAGUCUGAAUGUUUUGCCCACAAACACAGAGUCGUGGCAGUCGUGCACCGGGGUACCUGCAGCGGCAGCGACGUCAGAGCACACAAGUGAGACAUGGGCAUCACAGUAGGGGAUGGGUGCCAGGACUCUUGGUGCUGCUCGCUGAGAGCGACCGGCACAUUUUGAUGGAGUAAUACAGCCUACAAAGUAAACACUGCCUCUUAAAGCCCUGGCUGAACUACAGUAUCCUCACUGGGUCAUGUUGUUGCUGACAGCCAAUUCGUAGAUGCUGCAUUUCAGGGAAUAAAAUAACCAAAAACUCUCAAUUCAUACAGUCAGUCAAUAUGUUACUUUUUCUUAUCAUAAUUAAAUGAAAGUCUUCCAAUAUCUGAACCAUAAACAUAAAGCAGGGCUAAA